AUCUUUCUUUUAGCGUUCUGUGCUGUUGUAACAUCUUGCAUUGCACACGUGGUUGUGUCAUUUUUCAAGAUGAGUUCACUAAAAUUACAAAAAAGGUUAGCGGCAUCAGUGUUGGGAUGUGGAAAGAAAAAAGUGUGGUUGGACCCAAAUGAAACAAACGAGUUGGUGAAUGCAAAUUCAAGACAAAAUAUCAGAACCCUGAUCAAAGAUGGUUUCAUAAUUAAGAAGCCCGUCGCCGUGCACUCUCGGGCACGUGCUCGCAGGAAUGCAUUGGCUCGUGCUAAAGGAAGGCAUUGCGGUUUUGGAAAAAGAAAAGGUACUGCCAAUGCAAGAAUGCCCACCAAGGAAUUAUGGACUGAAAGGAUGAGAGUACUCAGGAGAUUCCUCAAGAAAUAUAGGGAACUGAAAAAAAUCGAUAAGCACCUUUACCAUACAUUGUACAUGAAGGUUAAGGGUAACGUCUUUAAAAACAAGAGGGUACUCAAAGAAUACAUCAACAAGAAGAAGGUUGAGAAGAAACGUGCUAAACAAUUGGACGACCAGGGAAUAGCCAGACGGUUGAAGGUAAAAGAAGCACGUAAACGACGUGAGGAGCGAAUUCUACAAAAGAAGGCGUCCCUAGCAAGAGAAGGAGAAGUUAAAGAACAGAGUUAGGAAUGUAUGACCUCUUUAAUAUACAAGAGAUAUUGAUUACCAUUACGGUAUUUUGUCAUAAUAAAUGGUUUUUCCGA